AUGAAGAUAUGCUACCAUGCAUGGUAUAACACUAUUAAUGAGAUUGGCUACAAGCUCCUCGUGAACCAUAGGAAUUACAUCAUUUUUCAUUUGAGAAAGAUUCUGAGCACCAUCUCUUUCUCUCUCUCUCUCUCUCUCUCUAUCUCUCUCUCUCUCUCUCUCUAUAUAUAUAUAUAUAUAUCUAUCUCUCUAUCUAAUUCUCGCCCUCGCCCUCACCCUCUUGCCAUUCUCUCAAUCUCAAUUCUAAGAUUUCCUUGCAUAAUCCUAUUACAGGUUGUGGACUUGUGUGAGGCAUUCUUGCUUGGGGCAAAGUGGUUCAACGAAAAGAUCAUCCCAAAUGUAGAGGAGUAUUUGAAGAACAAUGUCACCUCGACAGGAACACAUGUGGCCUCCCUACAUGUCUUCUUUCUUCUAGGGAGCCCCAUCUCGAAGGUGAGUCUACGCCUUGUUUGCAGUCGCAAAGGUCUACUCAUUAUAGCAAAAGGAUCCUCCAAGUCUGGAACAACUAGACUUCUUGAUAACUACGCCUCAUAAACUUUUGAUGAUUCGGGUAUCGGAAUAUUGAUUUUCCACAUCGAUGUGUUGCAAGAAGAACAAGAGAGAGGGGACGUGGCUUCGAGCAUGUAGUGCUACAUGCAAGAAAGAGGAGUUGCGGAGAGGAUGGCGAUGCUCAAAAGUACAUUAGAGGGCUAAUAAGCACUGUGUGGAAGGAUCUCAAUGGGGAGGCCAUGGCUCCUUUGCCAUUGCCUCUCUCCAUCAUCAAUGUCUUCUUCAAUCUUGCACAGACCUCAUAGUGCUUUUACCAACACAGCGACGACCCCAAGGCCCCAAGGGUUGAUGACAUAGUCAAGGCAUUUAUCUUUCGCUCGUCAAAUAGGAGAUGA